AAAAGGAAAAAAGAACUGUCAGAGAAAACAUAACCUCACUUUAUUAUAGGUCGAAAGAACGAAAACAAAAGGCAUUAUGUAAAAACAUUCAAUAAAAUUAACCAAAUAUCACUUACAAAAUGACUACUAAAGGAGCUAAGGUAGCUGAACUCUUCACAAAAGUUAUGGCAACCACAAAAUGUUUCGAUCAAAAUCUUCGAAAGGUAAAAGUGAUCAGUUGUGAUAAAGGGAGGAUGGUGACAGAGUUCCAAGUAGGCCAAGAACAUCUGAACCAGCGAGGGACUCUCCAUGGAGGCUUUAUCGCACAUCUCGUUGAUGCCAUAUCCACAUAUGCGCUGACAGCCAAUGACACCAUAGAAACCAGAGGGAUGUCUAUUGAUCUAAGUGUAAGUUACUUAAGAAUGGCUAAAGAAGGGGACUUUGUUGAAGUGGAAGCAGUUACAAAGAAACUUGGCAAGAAGAUUGCCUUCCUUGAAGUUGAAUUAAGAAAUAAAGCAUCCGGGCAAGUGAUAGCCACAGGUAGACAUACUAAGUAUACUGGAGUGUAGAGACUACAUAGAUAUGAUUUUGUUAGAUAUUUAUUUGUUAUUGAAGUUUUACUUAUAAAUGAAUCUUUAGUCAGC